UUGGAUGACUUUUGAGAGACCACAGGGAAGAUGGUGUGCAAAAGUGUUCUUCGGAGGUAAAAGCUGGGAUGCUGCAGAGGCGCAGUGCAAAUCGCUCGGAGCCACAUUGACCGGCCUACAAAACAACAAUGAACGACUUCAAAUUGCUACUACCGCCCGUGCUCUAACCAACCAAAACGGUGGUGGCUUCUCCGAAGUAUGGCUCGGAGCAAGACGAAGAGCACGGUGUCCAGUGCGAUCCUCUUGCUCGGAUCUUGACGCAUUCGAAUGGCUUGAUGGGCAUACAACUGGAACUGAUGGCAUGCAUUGGGGUGGUCCUGGACCUGAUGGUUGGGUUAAUCCGCCUUAUGGAGUGCAAAGCUGUAUGGGAAUGUACAUUCAUCCGUGGUCAGACACAGCUCAGGCAUCAGUUCGUUCGUUUAUUCACGCUGAUCUUGACGAUUUGCAUUGCUAUUGGCCGAUGAAUUACGCUUGUGGAAAGCUUCCAACAUAA